AUGACUUACGGCACAGAAACCGUGGCAGUAGUGACGGUGUCUCCGCCGCGCCUGACCAGCUCGACUCGCGGGAAGCCUGACAUCCCCUGCCGCAUCUGUGGCGACCGCAGCUCGGGGAAGCACUACGGGGUCUACAGCUGUGACGGGUGCAGGGGCUUCUUCAAACGGAGCAUCCGACGGAACCUUGCCUACAUCUGUAAGGAGAACGGCUCGUGUGUGGUGGACGUGGCCAGACGGAACCAGUGCCAGGCCUGCCGCUUCAAGAAGUGUCUGGACGCGCAGAUGAACAAGGACGCGGUGCAACACGAGCGCGCGCCGCGGUGUUACCAGUACCGGCGGGACGACUCUGACCGCGCCAGCCCGCCCAGCCCGCCGAAACCCGACCACAGGCUCACCCCGGGGGAGAACAGGGACAUCACUCCCAUCAAGGUGCCAGCGACCCGCCCGUUCCUGGUGACGUAUGACCAGCCAGGCCUGCUGGACGGCAGAGCCUUCAGUCACCACCUGAUGACGCGGUCUGGUCACCUGACCGUGCCGGGGGAGAACCACCAGUUUCUGGACGCCAUCCUACAGGCCGACCAGCGGGUACACGCGCAGGGCCCUCACCCGGACAGCGACGACAAAGACGGAAAAAGCCCGAGGAUGCCGACCGAGCACGCGCAGUACUUCCCGGGCGCGGCGGACAACAUGUAUGAGACGGCGGCCCGACUGCUCUUCAUCGUCGUCAAGUGGGCGCGUAAUAUCCCGUCAUUCCUACGACUUCCGUUCCGCGACCAGGCCAUCCUGCUGGAGGAGGCGUGGAACGAGCUGUUCGUCCUCAGCGCCGCGCAGUGGGCCAUGCCCAUAGACCCAGGUUCCCUCCUGACGGCGGCCACCAGCAGCCCGUCCGCAGACCGCGUCAUCCCGCCGUCAGAACAGUCCGCUCUCCUCAUGGCCGACAUCCGGGGUCUGCAGGACGUGACGUCACGCUUCCAGGAGGCGCAUGUCGACCCGACCGAGUACGCAUGUCUGAAGGCCAUCGUGCUUUUUAAAUCAGACGCCCGUGGGUUGAGAGACGCCGUCCAGGUCCAGGCGGUUCAGGACCAGGCACAGAUCAUGCUGGGGGAGUACAUCGCCUCAAAAAAUGCUGAAGACAAGAUCCGGUUCGGGCGGCUGCUGCUGUUGCUGCCGGCGCUGCGGGGGGUCCGAGCCCGCAGUCUGGAGGAGCUGUUCUUCCGCCCCACCAUCGGCAACAUCCCCAUCGAGCGUCUCCUGUGCGACAUGUUCAAGUCCACCUAGCCGUCAGGGUACAGCGACAGACUUGCAUCUUUGUCCUUAAUUACUGUGAAUUGCUAUAUAAUUUAUUCAUUUGAGAAUGUGUCA